AUGAAAGAAGUUCGUUGUCGAACAUUUUCACAUUGGCCUCAUCAGAAGGCAUUAUCUCGAACACAAAUGAUUUCGGCUGGAUUUUUUUAUUGUAAUGUUGGUGAUCGUGUUAUUUGUUUAUAUUGUAAUUUAAUUUGUCAACAAUGGACACCAGAUACUGAUGAUCCAGAGAAAGUACAUCAAACUCUUUCAUCUCUAUGUCCAUAUGUUUUAUUCAUUUUAAAAACUCGUCAAACAUCAACUGCAUUAAUUCUUAAUGAUAGUUCGAAUAAUCGAGUAUUAACAUCUAAUCUAUUGCGAUUUAAUGAAAUAGCUCAAGCAUCAGCAUUUCAUCGAGUCUAUGUUGAAAUUUCGAAACGUCAAUCAUCAUUUAAUUCUUGGCCUCAAGGAGACUUACCUUCUAAUCCAUUGAUUGAACAUGUACGUUGGUCUCCAUUUUGUUUGUAUGCUAAACAAUUAUGUGAUGAUGAACUAUAUCGAAAAAUUCAAGAAUCAAAACGAAUUCAUCAAGAACGUCUUGGAACAAAUCAAAUAGAGAGAAAUGGAAAUUUUUCGAACGAUCAUCGAAUGAACAAUUCUCAACUAAUGAUUCCUGAUGAGAACACAUUGUCACAAUUUGUUGCUGCUCGACUCGAUUUGCCUAUUUCACAAAGUUUACUCAAUCGAAAUUUCAAAUUAUCAGUUAUCAAACGUUGUUGGGAGGAUCAGCUAAGAUUAAAACAAAAUGAUUUUGCUACUGAUUGUGAUUUAUUAAUUGCUUGUAUUAUUCUUCAAAAACAAAUCAAUCAUAUCAAUGGUCGCCAAGAAAACAUUAUUGUACCGAAUAUCAAGAUGAAAAUGAUUCAUGAGACAGAACAAUUCAGUUCAUCAUCGUUCACAUCAACAUCGAACGAAUCAUUAUCAUCAAAUUCAGCAAAUGCUUAUAACAUAAUCGAAUCAAAAUCAACAAUUGCAAUGAUCGACAAUCAAUUAAAAACAGAAACAAAAGCUAGUUCGACAAUGGAUUUAGCGUCGUCGAAUUUGUGUAUACUUUGUUUAACAGAAGAUAAAUGUCUUGCAUGUAUUCCGUGUGGACAUUUGGCAACUUGUGUUCCAUGUGGUCGUUCACUUCGAACAUGUCCAAUUUGUCGAAGAGAAAUAGAGGCUUUUGUACGCAUCUACAUUUAA